AUGGCACAUAAAGACGCGGUAGGGCUCUGUUUGAUUUGUGGUGAACUUUCUUUUGGAAAACACUAUGGAUGUUUAAGUUGUCUUGGAUGUAAAACAUUUUUUAGAAGAGCUGUAAUGCAUGGUCAGGAUACAAUUUGCAAAAAGCCGAAUAUUUGUGAACAAGAAGUGUGUGCUAGACGACUUUGUAGGUCUUGUCGUUUUCGAAGAUGUUUGGAUAUGGGAAUGUCUAGGGAAGCAUUACAACCUCGAAGGGAUUUAAUUGGCAGGCGAAAGAAGAGACCAGCACAAAUACAUUUUUAUCAAAAUAAUUGUGUUUCCACAAUUCCUUCAACUUCUGGGAGUGAAGUAACUCCAUCGCCAACCAACCAUUUAUUAACUCCCCAAACCGACAUUUUAUAUUCUUCAAUUUCUGACGGAAAUAACAAUCUUUUGGACCUAAUAUCUUCAUUAGCAGCUACAGAUAAAGCAAUUCGUGCAAGAAAAUUUGAAUUAAUUAGAGCUAGGACGGAAGCAAAAAGAUUGGCAGAUGUUGCAAGUAAAGGUUCUCGAGUAGUUCAACAACACGAUACUUUAAUGAAAAUUGUUUUGUGUUCGGAUUUGUGUAAUGUUACUCAAAUUGAAAUGUUUUCAAUGCUUGAAUGGGUACAGACAAUCCCAGCAUUUUCAUCACUUCAUUUACCUGACAAAAUGCUUUUACUUAAAAGAUUUGCUAUGCCCUGUAAUGUAAUAGAAUAUGGAUAUUUUACUGCACAAAUUGGUCUCGAUGAUGUUUGGCUAAUUUCUAAUGGUACUUGUAUGCCAAGAAGUGUUAAUGUUUUGCCUGAUGAAAGCAAAACAUUAGUAACAGAAGAUAGAAAAUGGAGACAAGAAAAAUUAUAUAAACAAAUGACUGAUAGAUGUAUUGACGGUUUAGUUAUUCCUUUAAGAAGAUUACAAUUAACACCUGAAGAAUUGGUUACGUUAAAAAUACUUUUACUUUUUAGCUGCGGAAAUCAUACACAAAAAGAAGAAGCAACUUCAUUUAUCAGUGACGAAUCUAGAAAAAUUGCUUUAGAAUGGAAAAAUAAAGUAAUUGCUGCCCUUUUUCAAUUUUAUCGUUCUAUUGGGCAUAAAUCGGCAGCUGAACGUUUUGGAAAUGUUAUUUUAUUAAUUUCUGGAGUUGUUUCUGCAGCCUCAGCAACAUUAGAAUCUUAUCAAAUUAUGCGUUUAUUUAAAUUUGCUAAUUUUGAUAGAGUUUCUGAACAAUUACUUUUUGAUAUAGAUUGA